GUUGGCUAUUCCUGGCCAACCAUGCUAUACCCCUCUCAUCCCUUUCCUUCUGAUUUGAGAUUGCGGUGGAGAGGAAGAGGAGCUGCUGCAUCCUGGAUAUGGGAGCUAUCUGAGAGGGAAGACAUGACCCAGAUAUGUCUGCUAGCUAGCUACCUAGCCUUGGUGUUUCAAACUGCUAGAACUGCAGCUUUCCUCUGCAGUGGCUGCAUUGUGAUCCCAAUGCCAGAGGAAGGAGGAGGUAGGCUGUGUGGGUUAUUGACCAGGGGAGGGCUGGUGCAGGACAGAUGUCUCGCUGUGGGGAAUCACCUGUUUGCGUGUGUGGAUGUGGACGUCCUGAGCUGCUGGGCAGGGCAGUGGGUGCGGUGUGAGGCGGACAUGGGAAACUGGGUUAAAUUCCAGGCAUUCUCCUACAUCUGAAGCCGCACUGUUUCUGGUUUGUCUUUUCUACAACUUAUCUUACAUCUUGUGUGUGUGAGCGAGUCCUUUGCCAAGCCUACUGGCUAUGGAAAAACAAUUUAACUGGAUUUAAUUUGUUGCCCCCCUCCUCCUCCCCACCCACCCACUCCUCCUUCCUCUUCCCUCCUUCCCCACAGUUAUUUCUUACGUCUGGGAGGUUGGGGGAAUUCAGCUUGUUUAGUAACUCCGUGCCGAGUCUGAUGUAGCUUUGGAGGUUAGACAGGCCCGGUUUCAUGGCAGCUUAAAGGCCUCGAAUCAUGUUGGCAUCAUCACGAGAGAGUAAACCAUUCCCAACUGAUUUAGAAGAACGUUUUCCAGGCCACAUCAGAAACCGAUGUAGAAGUGUCACUCGUAUCCUGGUUGCCUUUAGAUCACUCUGGGCUCUUUGCUCUAAAGGGUUAAUAAGACACAAUGAAACCAGUUGCCUAGAGCCCUGACCACUUUUUUCCAUUCUUGCUGGAAAGUUUCCAGUGCUAUUUAUAUGAAACCUCAGGCCCCACAAUCAAGAAACCCACUUGGCUGGGAUCAAGUAUUAUCCAUUAUCCCGAAGUUCAGCUUCACUCAAAGAGUACUGCAUUAAAAAACCAUCAGAAAUGGCAGAGACAUGCUGGAAUCGGUGGUCCGUAUCAUCUCUGUGGACACAGAACUAUCUGCAGCGAACAAGUAGGCAACAUGUACAAGCAGCACCGGAGAAAUCAAUCCACAUGACCUAACGACUGUUGUAUAACCAAAGAAAAUACAGCACAUCUAAUCUGCCCCGGGUCUGAUAGAUGUGUAGUAAAAGACCAGAUAUGUGAAGAGAACCAAACUGUUUUUUUUUUUAUUCUUUUCAAAUCCAUGUUCACAGGGGCCGAUGUUUAGUUUUGACCAUAAUAUCAUCAUAUUUUAAAGUAAGAUUAAUACCGGUAUUAUUUACAGAAGCCUUGAAGGCGUAGUCAAAGUGUUCGGCUCUGUGUGAGUGAGUGGUUUUAGUGAAAACUACAACUUAAGAACUCUAUACUACUAUUAUUGUUCAAUUUUCUGUGAGUAUAAGCUGUUUAAUGUGGUCUUAUUAAAACACAAUCCCAGGAGAGGGCAGUCAACGACACAACUGAACCCAUCAAACAUCUGCAGCUUAUCAGGAGACACAAACACACAAAUACAGUGCAUGGUUGCUCUUUGAUUCACACUUUAAUAAAGGUUUCUAAUAAAAGAUGGAUUUGCCUUUCCUUGUUUCUGUCACAUAUUCACUGUUACAACACUGUACAUGUAUGUACUGUAUCUGUACAUGUUAAACAUGGUAAACACGUCCAAAGUUAAAAACUGUGGCUCAGAGGAUGAAAUUUGGGUCAAUUUUGCGCUGUCUUCUUUUUAUGAGGGGCAGUCAAUCAGAAGACAGUUGGGUUGCAGGGGGGAGGAGCCAAACUGAAUGUGUGUUGUGUUGUAGCUACUUUUGGCUCAUCGUUAGCUAGCACCCUUCCAGGGGUGAGGUAUAAAAUAUGAAUCCCUGUAGAGUUACUAUAGAUGCCAAAAAAAAAACCCACACCUUUAAAACAGGUGAUAAAUUCUGUGGUAAAGUUGGAGAUUUAACACGCGAGUCUGUGGGGACCCACUCACUUUCAGCCGGCCUCAUGUGGCCAUCAGAGGACCUGCAGCCUUGGUGGCCACUGCCUGUUUUCCACUUAGAUCAUUAGUUCAGACUGCAGGAUACACACCUGCAGUGUGUGUCGGCUCCUGGACAGAUGUGCAUCUAUCUCGUGGGCGUAACUUUUAUAGUGGGCUUGUCCGGAUGUCCUGAUGUCAGCUGCUGAAUUCAUGAAUCAGGAUAAAAGCUGAUUUUGGACCGUGUGUCAGUGCCGUCACUGCGCCCCCCUCCUCUUCCUCCUCCUCCUCUCAGCAGACGGACGCAUCCAUGGAGAUCCUGUGCAGCCUUCCUCAGCAUUACCACUUCCAAAACCACAUUCCAACAUGACAUAAGAAGACAGACCGGCUUUUCUAAGCAGCAGCUCGAAGCCUUUUGGUCCGUUUCUUUCUUUCCUUUCUUUUUCUUUUUCUCAGCAUCCCAUUCUUAACUUUCUGCCCGCUUCCUCUCUCACUUCUUUACCCGUCUCCGGGAGAGAAGUCAGUUCCCCGGGAAUUAAAGGAGGUCGCUGGGUUUUCUUCUUUUCCUUUUCGCUUCUUUUUGGUACUUCUUGGAUGCGCAUGGAUGUGGCAGCAGCGGAAGCGGGGACGUCUCUGCCGGGUAUCCGACUCCGGAAUCGGGCGAAGCAAGUGAUGCCGAAUCAGAAGAAGGUGAAAGCGCGGCGGAAACGGCGAAAGGAGCUGGUUUUAAUCCAGAUCUGCUUGUUCGGCGGUUUGCUCCUGGUCGUUAAAGGGUUUUCCUCCUUAGCGGAAAAUUCAGGUUUUGAUGUCUCCAGCCACAGCAGCGAGGACCAGGAGAGGUGGAUCGGAAGGAGGCUGCUGCAGGACACGGACAACAACCGCAGCAAGGAGACAGAUUUACAAAAAGGAACAAAGAACUGCACUCCUCCAGCUCUGCACGAGUUCCCUACGGACCUGUUCACGAACAAAGAGAGGACAGAAGGAGCCGUGGCCUUGCAUGUCCUGUGUACCAUAUACAUGUUUUGCGCUCUGGCCGUCGUCUGCGAUGACUACUUCGUCCCCUCCCUGGAGAAGUUAUGUGAGCGUCUCAAUCUCAGCGAGGACGUCGCAGGUGCGACCUUUAUGGCCGCUGGCAGCUCGGCUCCAGAGCUCUUCACAUCCAUCAUAGGAGUUUUUAUCACCCGUGGCGACGUCGGCGUCGGGACCAUCGUGGGCUCAGCCGUCUUCAACAUCCUCUGCAUCAUCGGCGUGUGUGGCUUCUUUGCCGGCCAGGCGGUGAAGCUGUCUCACUGGGCUCUACUCCGAGAUUCGAUUUAUUACACGUUUUCUGUCACUGCCCUCAUUGCGUUCAUCUACGAUGAGCAGGUGUGCUGGUGGGAAUCUCUUGUCCUGAUCCUGAUGUAUGCGGUCUACAUCCUCAUCAUGAAGUUCAACGGCCGGGCCCAUCGCUACUUCGACCGUCGAAAGAAAGGCUCGGUGAAUCUGGCCAAUGGGCUCACGGGAAGCACUGAUCUGGAGGACGUCACAUGUGACGCCACUGCAGUCCUGCUUAAAAAAGCGAACUUCCACUGCACGCCGUCUGUGCUGAUGGUGGAUGAGUUGCUGUCUGCCUACCCCCACCAGCUGUCUUUCUCUGAGGCCGGCAUGAGGAUCAUGAUCACCAGUCAUUUCUCCCCGAGAACCCGGCUCACCAUGGCCUCUCGGAUGCUGAUCAAUGAGAGACAAAGACUGAUCAACACCACGGAGACUCGAGUCAAUCGCAUCACGAAUGGUGACUCUGAGUCUACAGCCAGGGCGCAAGGGAGGCGGGGCCUAGAGAAUGGGAUGGGCGGAGUCGAGCAGGGUGUGAACGGGAGGUGCAGACUUCAGCGGCUGGAGAAUGAGACGGAGAAUGAAAAUGAGGACAACGAGAACAAUGAGAAUGACGAGGAAGGAGAGGAAGAGGAUGACAAAGAGGGCCCCCUGGUGCCCUUUAAAGUUCCAGCGGGUGUGUGUAACAAGCUCAAGUGGCUGAUCAUGUGGCCGUUGUCCCUGCUUCUGUUCUUCACGGUGCCCAACUGUGGCAAGCGCCGCUGGGAGAGGUGGUUCAUGGUCUCCUUCUUCACAGCCACCAUCUGGAUCGCCGGCCUCUCGUACAUCAUGGUGUGGAUGGUGACUGUGAUUGGCUUUACUCUCGGCAUCCCUGACGUCAUCAUGGGCAUCACCUUCCUCGCAGCGGGCACCAGCGUCCCAGACUGCAUGGCUAGUGUCAUAGUGGCGCGGCAAGGUCUGGGAGACAUGGCCAUCUCCAACUCCAUAGGCAGUAAUGUGUUUGACAUCCUGGUGGGUCUGGGUCUGCCCUGGGCGCUGCAAACGCUCUGCAUCAAGACGGGCUCCAUCAUCGAACUUAACAGCAGAGGACUCAUAUACUCCGUGGCUCUCCUACUGGCCUCAGUAUUCUUCACAGUCCUCGGCGUCCAUUUGAACAAGUGGACUCUGGACUGGCGACUGGGCUUGGCCUGCCUCAUCUUGUACGCCAUCUUUCUGUCCUUCUCCGUCCUCAUCGAGUUCAACGUUUUCACUUUCGUCAACCUCCCCAUGUGCCGAGACAUCCACUGACCCUCCCGCCUUCUCCUCUUCUUCUUCUUCUUCUUCUACUAAUUCUUCCUCUGGCUGAUGGGGGAACCUCACCUGGCUUCCAGUUUCAUGGCACCUCCAAACAAAGUCCUACCUAUUACUUAAUAGAAAAAUAGAGUUCUGUAUGAUUUAUAUUUGGUGCAAUACACACGAGUGGCGGACAGAAGGACGUCGGAUGUUUUGGGGUUAUUUUCUGGAGGUGCGAAGAGAAAGUGCCAGCGGCGGGAUUGCUGCCAAUCAUGUAUAAUGAACCAAAACGUUGGCUGGAGUGAACUUAACUGUAUUAACGCCGACAAUUAGGCUACUGUUGGUGAACAAGCUGCUACUGUAACUGACUGACUGAGGCGAGAAAAGAGAGAAGUCAGCGAUUUUUAGCUGGAUUGUUUGUUACUCUUUCUACAAGUUUGGAUAUAAAGCACACGAUUAAGUAAUUUUUAAGCAAAAACUGGCUUUCUGUGUAUAUAUUAGAAGUACUUCUAUCAGCUUUUGUGUGGAAUCCUCUUAUGCACAACUGGAUCGGUCUUGCAAAGCUGAAAUAUUCUGUGUUUUCCUUUAGGCUCAAAAUGCUUCAACAUGUCUCCUUCCAGCCCACACAGCAUGCUGUAACAGCCACAGCUCUAGCUUUGCACUGUCACAGAGAUAUUUAUCACAUAAAGUCUGCUCUUGGCUGUUUUGUUUUGUUUGUCGUACCUGAGUAGAUGUGGGCUUUAAAUUUUCCCACACAAUGAAAGGGAUCUACCUGGAACUGACAUCCAGCACCGUCACUUUAUGGAUUAGAGAUUUAUUUCUUUUAAUAUUCUAUUGCAAAGCGUCUGCAGGUAAACAUGUAACUACUGAAGUUAAACUUCCCUGUAGGCGGUAGACGUCUCGUACUUUAUUGAAAAGUUAGCUUUUAGUCUCAGUCGAGUGUAACGUUAUUUCUUAAAGCCAAAAGUAUUUUUAGAUUAGCCGAACUUGUAGAUUUGGACGUAAGAGUCGAAUGCACAGCGUGUUUGUGUGUGUGUGUGUGUGUGCGUGAGUGAGCGCGUGCCACAAUCUGGAGCAGAUGCAAAGCAUGCCGAGGAUGUAACUGGGAAGACGUAAUCCUGAUUUAUUUAUGAAUUAAUUUAUUCGAAGAUCACGUCUGACCUCCAGUUUCAGCCUUUUGGAUCGUGUACAGUGAUUUCAGUGGAAGCUGUGUACAAUGUACUGUACCUAAUAUAUAAUCUAAGUACUGGAAACUGACUUGAUGUUGUUUAUAUUUAAGAAUAGAACUUUAUAAUUUAUAAGUUUUGUAUAGUUUGGAAAUGUUGCAUUUAUAUUAGUUUAAACACAGCGGAUUUGGAGACAAAGGAUGGAAAUGUCAGCCUUUACAAACCUCUCACAUGUUCUGAUAUGUCGCCCUCACGUGUUAAAUUAGGGAUGAGAUGCAGAUGUAACGGAUUUCUUUUCAGGAAAAACACCAGACUUUGAACUUUCACAACAGUGCUUCAAUUACUGUGCCGUCUCUUGUAUUUGAGGCUCGUGGCUGUUCUUCUCUGCGUAUUUGAGCACCACUGUUAGAACAUUAUGGUCACAUUGUUUCAGCAUGUGUUCAAAGAAAAUGUGGACUUUUUAUUUCAGUUCUUGAAUCUGAUCAAUUCAAAGCGUCCUGCAGUCACAGGAUGGCGCUGUAGAGCUGCGCUAUGCCUUCAGCGAGGCUGCGCUUUGGGUGUGUGGGGGGAUAUUUUCAGGUAGGCUACGUAGUGACAUAUACUGUUCGGUUUUGCAUGCCUCUUUCAUAGUUCUGAUUAUUUUGUGUGUAAUUUUAAUGCAACAUCUAAAAGGCACUGUCUUGAUUAUGCUGUACAUAUCAGGAGGAAUAUGCUAUCAUAAACGCAGGUGUUGGAAUAACUUCUGAUGAGCAGUUAUAUUUGAGAUAUAUACAGUAUUUAGGAUGUAGGCCUACAGCACUUAGUUUCAGCUAAUUCUUGUCAUUUUAUGCUCAUGUCUGUUAACUUGUUUGUAAAUCCUCAUUUUUGUUGAUGAGGAGCUCUGGGCAGGGACAGAUGGACACCUUCACCUUGUUCCCAGUGAUCUUCUUGCAAUAAAUUGAUUUACAUACACAUAAUGUUUUCAGAUGCAUUUAUGAGUCAUCGUGGAGUCAUCUUUAAACAGGACCUGUGCAAAAAGUUUUCUAAGGAAUCCAAUGGAAAACUACACACAGCCUUACUGCUUCCAUUGGAAACGAGAGGGUAGAAUUGAGGUGUGUAUUAACACAAUGCCUCAAGCUUUGAGGGAACAUGGCGACCAAUUCAUCCCAAAGUCAGGCCGUGCAAUGCUCAAAGGAACUGCAAAAAUCCAAGUGCUACAUCUCAGGCUCUACAGGCCUCGGUUAGCAUGUUAAACAUUAAAGUAAUCAGAAAAAGACUGAACAAGCAUCGGCUGUUUGUAAGCGUUGCAGGAAAAAAACUCUCUAAAAAGAAGAUGGCAGUACGGCCACAGUUCUGUAACAACGUCCUUCUGACAGACGUUUGGCUGUAAUGCAAAGCAUCACAUCUGGGGAACUCCAAACACAGCAUAUCAGCACCUACACCUCGUACCAACGGUCAACGUGACGUGGAGGGGGGAUGUUUCAGGUUUGUUUUGCUGCCACACGACCUGUUGUUGACCGUGAACUCUUCUGUAUGCCAAAGUAUUCUAGAGUCUGAUCGACGGCUGAAGCUCAGCCCAGAUUGUUACUUGAAAGAGGACAGUGAUCCCAAGCACAGCAGCAAAUCUCCAACAG